AUGCGGUCGAAAACACCCUCGGCGGCAGGUGCCACCGGCGGUGGCAGCAAACGCUGGUCGCUGGUCGUGGUCGAUGGGCGUUCGUCGUUGCGACGCAAGGAGAAGGAAAGGAUCAGCAGCCACCAUCAGCAGUCGCUACCGCGCCAGCGAAAGGAAAAGAUGAAAGAGGAAGACACUGGGCCUACGACGACGACGACGCCAUCCCGAACCGAGACUGUUGCUACUACUUCCGGUAAUGAAGGAGGAGGAGAGGGAGAAGGCAGUGGUGAUGGGGGUGGUGGUGGUGGUGGUGGUGGUGGCAGCACCGGCACCGGAUGUCAACCCGCCGGCUACAACAGCCUCUUCGCCUCGCUGCUGCGUACCACCACGCUGUGA